AAUGUGUUUUUAUACUUUUUUUAUUCUAAAAACCAAAAAGAUAAAUCCUUAAUAGAAAUUUUCAAACAUUGUUUUAGUGUCCCACCCCAAGUCCACCUUCGCUCUAUAUAAACUCCUAGCCAUUUCCUCACGGACCACCCCAAACCAUAAAGCCCAUCUUCCUGAAAAAAUGGGCCUCUUCAAAACCCCUUUAAUUUCCUCAUUCCUUCUCACCACCCUAUUCUUCGCCUCCUGCCACGCAGCCACGCUGAUCAACAUCCAAAACCAUUGCUCCUACACAGUUUGGGCGGCGGCGGUACCAGGUGGGGGCAGGCAGCUUGGUCCGGGCCAAUCCUGGAGCCUCGAUGCGAACCCUGGCACAGCCCGUGUGUGGGCACGUACCAACUGCACCUUUGAUGGGUCAGGGAACGGGACGUGUGAGACCCGAGAUUGUGGUGGCCGCCUCCAAUGCCAAGCCUAUGGUACACCCCCUAACACCUUGGCCGAAUUCGCACUUAACCAAUUCAACAACAUGGACUUCUUCGAUAUAUCUUUGGUUGAUGGAUUUAAUGUGCCCAUGGCUCUUAAUUCUACUUCCAAUGGGUGCACCCGUGGCAUCCAAUGCAGCGCCGACAUAGUCGGACAGUGCCCUGAUGAGCUCCGAGCUCCCGGUGGUUGCAACAAUCCAUGCACUGUUUUCAGGACCGAUGAAUAUUGUUGUUAUUCUGGGAACUGUGGCCCUACAACUUACUCCAAGUUUUUCAAGGAUAGGUGUCCGGUGGCUUAUAGCAACCCUAAUGAUGAUCAAACAAGCACCUUUACAUGCCCUGGUGGUACUAACUAUGAUGUUAUCUUCUCAGCUACGUUCAACAUCCAAAACCAUUGCUCCUACACGGUUUGGGCUGCGGCAGUCCCAGGCGGGGGCAUGCAGCUUGGCUCAGGCCAAUCCUGGAGCCUCAAUGUGAAUGCCGGCACCACUGGAGGCCGUGUUUGGGCCCGUACCAACUGCAACUUCGAUGCGUCAGGGAAUGGGAAGUGUGAGACCGGGGACUGUGGUGGCCUCCUCCAAUGCACGGCCUAUGGUACACCCCCUAACACCUUAGCCGAAUUCGCACUUAACCAAUACAGCAACUUGGACUUCUUUGAUAUAUCUUUGGUUGAUGGAUUUAAUGUUGCUAUGGCCUUUAAUCCUACUUCCAAUGGGUGCACCCGUGGCAUCAGUUGCACCGCCGACAUCGUGGGAGAGUGCCCCGCUGCGCUAAAGACUACCGGUGGUUGCAACAACCCAUGCACCGUUUUCAAGACCGAUGAAUAUUGUUGCAAUUCUGGGAGCUGUAAUGCUACAACUUACUCCGAGUUUUUCAAGACUAGGUGCCCUGAUGCUUAUAGCUACCCUAAGGACGAUCAGACAAGCACCUUCACAUGCCCUUCCGGGACCAAUUAUGAAGUUAUCUUCUGCCCAUAA